CUGCCCGCCUGGCUGGCUGACUGUGUGUGCGCCUAUAGCCCCCCUCUCACCGGCCAUACACACACACACACACACACACACACGCACGCACGCACACACGCUUUCUGCCAUCAACACACACCCACAGCAGAUCAGUUCAGGCAGCGCUCAGACCGCUAAACUGUGUCGCUCCCUCCAAGUGGAAGCAAGGACCAAAAGAGAUUGGAGAAAGAAGAAGAAGAAGAAGAAGGGGACACAUUUUGAAACUUUUUAAGAUCUUUUCAAAAAACAUUGCUUUUUUUUCUCUGGAGGAGGUUGACAUGACAAUGACCCGCUUUCGCCGAUGGAUUUGGUAGGACACCCGCUUUCCGAGUGUUUUUUCAUGCACUCUGAACAAGAGUAGAAUGAACUUAUCGAAGGGCCCACUGGUGAACAGCAGCACUGACGACAGCUCCAAGUCGACGUACGUUAAAUGCGGCGCUGGCGCCUGGAGGAUGCACCAGAGCUACGAGCCCCUCGAGGCCAACCACAUGAGAGACCCACAUGCCCUCUACAACCCAAGGCUUCUCUGCAGAAUGUCCAGUAAGGAGCGCCACCUAGAGUCAAACUGUCCGUCCUCGUAUAUAAAGACUGAGCCAUCUAGCCCCGCUUCUCUGACCGACAGUCUAAACCACCACUCCCCCGGCGGCUCCAGUGACGCGUCAGGCUCCUAUUCGUCCACCAUGAACGGCCACCCCAACGGUUUGGACUCCCCAAGUCUCUAUGGCUCCGGCGCAGGGCCCCUGGGUCCCGCCGGCGGUCCCGGAUCAAAGCGCUACGAGGACUGUUCGUCAACGAUUGGGGAAGAUUCGCAGAUAAAGUGCGAAUACAUGUUGAAUUCCAUGCCAAAGAGGCUGUGUCUGGUGUGUGGGGACAUUGCUUCCGGCUACCACUAUGGUGUGGCAUCAUGCGAGGCCUGCAAGGCCUUCUUCAAACGCACCAUUCAAGGCAACAUCGAAUAUAGCUGUCCAGCCACCAACGAGUGUGAAAUCACCAAGAGGAGACGCAAGUCGUGCCAAGCCUGCCGCUUCAUGAAGUGUCUGACUGUGGGCAUGCUGAGGGAGGGUAAGGGAAAAGGUGUUCGUUUGGACAGGGUUCGCGGUGGAAGACAGAAGUAUAAACGCCGGAUAGAUGCAGACAACAGUCCUUACCUGAACCCUCAGCUGGCUCUGCCCGCCAAGAAGCCAUUUGCCUUUGGCUGCCUUGCAGAUAACAAAAUCGUCUCUCACCUACUGGUGGCCGAGCCAGAGAAGAUCUACGCCAUGCCCGACCCGACAGUACCAGACAGCGACAUCAAGGCCCUGACUACGCUCUGCGACCUGGCCGACAGAGAGCUGGUGGUCAACAUCGGCUGGGCCAAGCACAUCCCGGGUUUCUCCACACUGUCUCUAGCAGACCAGAUGAGUCUACUGCAGAGCGCAUGGAUGGAGAUCUUGAUCCUACGUGUUGUGUACCGCUCGCUUUCCUUCGAAGACAAGCUGGUGUACGCUGAGGAUUAUAUCAUGGACGAGGACCAGUCAAAACUGGCCGGACUCCUCGACCUGAACAAUGCCAUCCUGCAGCUGGUCAAGAAGUAUAAAACAAUGAAGCUGGACAAGGAGGAAUUUGUCACUCUGAAGGCCAUCGCUUUGGCUAACUCAGACUCAAUGCACAUUGAGGAUGUGGAUGCAGUGCAGAAGCUCCAAGACGUGCUCCACGAGGCCCUGCAGGACUACGAGGCUUCCCAGCACCAGGAGGACCCCCGGCGGACGGGCAAGCUUCUCAUGACCCUGCCCCUUCUCCGUCAGACCUCCACCAAGGCCGUGCAGCACUUCUACAGCAUCAAGCAGGACGGAAAAGUGCCCAUGCACAAACUGUUCCUGGAGCUGCUGGAGGCCAAAGUGUGAAGGCGGAAAGUCGAGACAACUCUCCGUCUUUUACACGCCAAUACACACACACACACGCACCCAAACACACACAAUAAUAUGCCCCUUAAGUACGCCACUAUGACUCAACAAGUAAGCUACUCCUCUUACCUUAAACCUAUGCUGUCUAAGAUUUGAACGAAAAGGCUCAGUUGACCUUUUUGAUAGGCGAGGUGGAGCUGACUGAUAUGACCCCGCCCCCUCUAAAGGGGAAAGAAGAAGACACUGACUCCUGUUGUUAUUGUGUGUGCAAAAACACUGACAGUGACACUCACAUAUGCAUUUAAUGAUGACAUUAUUAAUAAGAACAUGCUCAAAUGAGGACACGUUCAAAAGAAAAAAGUUCAAAGGACCGAUGAGACUUUUCCCCCUUGCCCCACCAUAUAAUUUUGUAAGUGUUUAAGAAGAUAAAGGGGAAAAAAGCUAAAGUAUUGAAGACAUUUAUUAUCACGUUAUGUGUACAUUGACAUCUGGAUGGACAAAGAAGAAGAUGAUGAGGAUGAGAUUUGCCUGCCUAAAGAUGGAGCACUUCCAUUCAGCAGAUGCCAGCAACUUUAUGCCAUUACCCCAAAUUCUCUAGCUUUUUUUUUUCCUUUCUUUAAUCCAAGGCCCUGGACUGGUGUUCUCUUCUAUUAAUGAUUCAAAAGUUCCAGCAGGGAGCAGACAUGUCUAAGAAUUGAAGUUGGAAUUGGUUGCUGUAAACAUUUACUAAAUUUAGGACCUGGUUUUCCCAAAAAGCCAUCUACUUGUGGCACUUUUUGGAAACUUUCUGAAGCUGAAGAUAUUGUCAGGCUUUUGCUGCAAUUGAGGAGUUUAAUGUUAUCAAAAUGUCAUUUUUCCACUGCACAGUAUCGGCUCAGCUCUGUUUUUACCGUUUCAAGUUAAGCUUUCAGCAAUGAAAACCAUGCCUUGUUAUAUGAUGCGUUAAACAUGCACUGAAGCCUUCAGUCGAAACGAGACAAGGUAACAAAAAGGAGACAAAUCGUAUUCAAGUGGAGACUGAGGGCAGCAAGAAAAUGGAGUGCGACAGCAAAGUCGAGAUUAGGGAUGAAUUGAAUAAAACAAAAAUUCAAUUACAAAAAAGUUGAAGCGAAAUCUCUGCUUCCAAGCUUUGCAGUAAUAAUUUUUCCACACAGAUUGUUACUGUAGAUUCCACGCAGCACUCUAUGCAGAAAUAAUUUGGCAGUAAGCUAGGAGGAAAGAGUCCAAAAAGUUUGUGAUCAUUUUACACUUAAAAAAAGAGAUCUAAUGCGACGUGUCCACUGCCGUGCAGACUAACGUAGCACAACAGCACAUCUAGUGCUAACACAAGCUAUUGAUGUUAGCUAAAUUAAUAUAACAUAUCACCGUGUAUUGUAAUGUCCCCACAAGUGGUCAUGGAUCGACACAGCCACCCAUGCCUUUUCAAUCGCUUGAUCUAACAAACACUAACAAAAGAAAACACAUAAUAAGCAUUUUCAUAUAUGAGCUGCUAUGACCACAAUUGACACUGGCAUUUAACGCGCAGACUGGCUAGCAGUUAGCCAGUUAACAGACAGUCGCUAACCUGAGCUCACAUCAGCUCACUGUACACGCUCAUCCGCUGACUCGCACGUCACUCCAGGUCAGGCCCCGCAGGUCACAGAUAUUAAUUAUAGUGUGGAUCACGAGGAUGGUGAACCCAAGUGGACAACAAUCAUGCCUGGACCUCACAUGCACAUUUUGUUGUUUAACAAUGCAUAAGCAAUUUCUACCCGAUUAAUUGAUGGGAAAAUCGGUAGACUAAUCGAAUAUUGAGCAUCAAUAGCGAGUAGAGGCGUGCGAGCUGAGUUGGUACCAUGCUGUGCAAAAAUCUCCAAAAGUCCGACAACGCUUCAUGUUGUCCACUUGUGUUUGUCAGGCUGCCGUAUUUUCAGCGCUGUGCAGCUCAACACCUCGCCCACACGUCACUCUUUGAAUGUGCCAUUGAGAUAUCCGAGAGGCACCUCAGUGCUUCCCUCCUUGCUCAGCUUCCUUCACAAGCUCCACAAGAUCAUCUUAACAAGAUGCCCUCAGAGCAGACGUUCCACGCACGUGACGGGCCGCUAUCAAGACCGAAGGUGACUGAAGUGUUGCUUGAUUUUAAUUUCUUGGCAUCUAUCUCGAAAUAAUUGUAGCUAAGGUACCAAUAUUUGACUUGUAAAUAACAGUCAUCCUGUAUAUGAUGUAUAACAGCAGCUUUGUUUUUCUUUGUCUCCUUAAACCCAAAACAACACUUUCCUGUACCAGCUUGACCACUCUCAGUGGUUAUCAUGUAUGUAUAAAUUUAACAACUUAUCAUGUAUUAACAAAUCAAAGUUUAUCUUAGGAGCUACCAAGCAAGAGUGCAUUCACAAGGAGGGUGCAAGGAUGGAGUGUAGGGAGAAUAUGUAGCUUUGUUGUCUUUUUGUUAUUAAUCAAAUGUAGCAGACAUACAAUUGUAGCAUUGGAGGAGAAUCACGAUGAACAUCAACACAAGCCGAAGUCAAACUUAGCAACAUAAAACAUACACUACUGAUGUUUGCACCUUGUCAUGUGACCAAGCGCAACAUUUAGGGGGUUUUUCUCGCAAAAGCAACAUUUUCUCCAAAGCCAAGUAGACGAGCAUAGGGACCAUGAAAGCCAUGUUUCCACCAUGUGCUACACUUCACUUCAGUUUGGAACUGGCAAGUCUGGAUUUCUCUGCCUUUCUUCGGGAUAUCUACUCUGUAUUAGGGUUUGAACCUCUAAAGAUUUUCGGAAGUCGACCAUAGUGUGAGGAAUCUUAGUUGAAGUUGUUUCGUCUUUGAUAUUUGUUCGGCACAAUACGACGGUCCCCAACCUUUUUGGUGCCACGGAGCAGUUUCACGUAAAGAUACGUUUCGACGAACAGGGAUAGAAAGAAAUCAAGACAAAUUAAUAUAAAUACCACUCACCGUUAGGCUAAUUGUAGUUCAUUAGUGGGAGUCCUGCACAUGCUUCUCUUACUCAAAGCAGCCGGUCUCGUCAGAAUGCUUUUAAUAUCACACACAACUGCGGCGAUAUCCUGUUUUCGCUGGGUUCUGAAUAAAAAGCAACGGCAUCUUGAUGCUGGAUUUUCUGAUAGAGUGGUUUUGCAGAAUUUCUGUAUGAAACUGACAGAACUGUAGCGCCUGAUGGAAAUGAGGCAUAAAUGCCUACAAAUGCAUACUUGAGCUAUGGAAAUUGGCGCAUCAUCAUACUUAAACACACACACUGAUUUUGCCUGGUUUGUUAUCCCACUUCCUGUUUUAAGUGCAAUCAGUCUGACUGACUAAAAUGAAAAAACACUUUCAUUCACUUUGUAUUUGCAAAGUUGUAUUUUCUUCACAUACAACCUUAACCCACAGCAAGGUUUGAUCACUCAUCAUAGCUUUAACAGUUGGGAAUUUCAAAAAAAUGAUAAUAUAUAUAUAAUGAUGUAUGUAAUUUGUAAAGCUGCAUAAGAAUGCCAAAUGUUUAUCCAACCUACUAGAAGCUGGCAACUGAGGAGUUAAGUGUAGUCCAUCUCUAACAUCGCUCGCAAACAUCAUGAAACAUCAUUAGGGGCUAUUUUCUCAGCCUUCGUUAGCAUUGUAUAUUGUAAAUAAAGACAGAUUACAAUUCUAACAUAAGACAUUUUAUUGGAAACAAAAGAUUUUAAAAACACAAGAAAAAUGUAGCUCAACCUCGAUGUAAGUUUCAUGUUCACCAUUUUUUCUACGGAGGAAAAAACUUUGCUUUUGAUUCCCCAAGUCUUCCUUAUUUUUUGGCUCCGCCCCUCUUGCGCUAAGCACUCGGAGGCGUGCCUGUGUGCUUUCCUUGUGCCGACUACUGUCCUUGUGCCGUGUGCUUCCCACCUCUUUAGCCAGCACACAGUAGAGACUAGAGGCCAUGUGGUCUGGCUUCUGGAUCAGUACGCUGAGGCAAAGAUCUCUUCUAGGGUUAAAUCGCAGCACUCAUCUCUACCCGACUACACAUACUUAAUGAAUUAUUUAGUAUCUAAAUGAUAAACACAAGUAUUUAAAGGGGAGGGUCAUUUGUGUAACUUUCCUGUAGAACAACCAAUAUUCUGUAUAUCGUUUAAGUUUGAAUAAGACUGAAUGACAGGGGCGACGUUUCAGAACCUUUUGAUAAGCUCGCUGUACCUUCCACGCAGCUUGACAACAGCUCAAUCAUUUUGUCCAUUUUCUUGAAAUCAUUUUCGGAUUUUUUUAUUAAUUAAAAAGGCCUAAACUCUUUCAAUUAUUGUUGUUAGAGACAUUAUGUCUCUAAUGUCUAUAAAGUUCAACAUGUAAUGUAAAAGUACACUACUGAUUUUUCUUAUACGAUAAGACAAAAGGUGCUUUUAAAUAUAAUGAGUUUAAUGUUAAAUUGUCGCAUGUCAAAGUAAACACGUGCACUUGAUUUGACUUGAUUCAGUUGUUUAAAAGCAGCAAUAUCUAAAAAUCUAAAACGGCACAUACUUGUAUCAUCGGCCAGUUCAGUUGAUUGCAAAGUUUUAAGACAUCACAGUUAAAUGCAUCAAUAUGCAGGAUGUUUUGACAUUUCAUUUUUAGAAGCAAUAUUUUGUUGACUGAAUUCUUGACAAGUUGCACUUGUGAUGAAUUAUUUGAGUAUUGAGCCCAUAAAUGUGGACAAAGUGGUAUUUUCCAUGAGGUGCAAUGGGAAAAGGAGUGGAGUUGUUUUGACCUGCUUGCACCGUAAGCAGCAUGUUGGAUUUUUUUCAUCUGUUACUAAGACCCAUGAGCUGCAAAUAUUGUAUGUAAGCCAACUAUGACUUGUGUAGCUGAAGCAGCAAAGGAUUGUCCAUCCCAGCUCAACAGUCAUUUAGUUGUAUUUAAAUCUAGCAGCCACCUGUGCUGCAUUCAUGGGCGAGAGAGAGAGUUUGGAUUAAAACAUUUGGAGGGGGGAAAAAAAAAAAAAAAAAAGACCCUUGCCUUGUGAAGAGUUCUGGGUGAAGGGAGAGAGACCCUGUAUUGUUAUUAAAAACAUGUUCGUAGAUUUUAGAUGUGCUUCACAUCAGAAAAUGAAAAAGGAAAAAAAAAAACUACCUGUAUAUUUUUGUGAUGUGUAUCAUACAAGUGUGCUCCAAUGAUAAUGUCCAUUUGUGUAAAUGUAUUUCACACUGUAUAUAUUGUUCAAUGCAAAAAGAGAGACCUAUGAUUCUGUAAGUUAAACGACUAUUGUUUGAAACAUUACGUGUUACUCCAGACUAUGCCUUUCAGGAUUAUUACAGUAGAGCAAUAUCGAUUAAAACCAGGCUUCCAGUUUUGAA